CAUCCAUUGACACCAACGCGAAUAAAUAAACAAACCAUGGACCGCAUCGUUCAGAUACCGCGUGAAAUGAGUUCUGUCAUCCCCGUCUUCAACGGCGAUGAAAAAUUACUCAACUUGUUUAUUCAAAAGUGCGAAUAUGUAAUCAGAACAUGUAGAGUAGAUGGAAACCCAGACCAAGACCUAUACGUAUACCACGUAAUUACAUCAAGACUAACCGGAAAAGCAGCAACGCUCAUUAGCGAGCGUCAAGAUAUUUCAACAUGGACAGAGUUAAAGCUAGCACUUGAACAGCACUUCGGUGACCCGCGAUCCGAAGAAUGCAUAGCCAUAGAACUAGAAACGUUGAAAAUUACCAAUAGCGAAUCAUACCUAGAUUUCUGUAACAGAAUCCAACACGUAAAAAGUACUUUAAUUGCAAAAGUUAACUUAAUAGCAGAUGAAAAUUUGAAACGAAGUAAAGCAAUAAUUUACGACAACUUAGCUAUGAAUGUCUUUUUAUACAAUUUGCCCGAGGACCUUCUUAGGAUAGUCCGUCUAAAAGGUUGCAGCUCAUUAAAGAGUGCCCUCAGUAUUGUGCUGGAGGAAGUAAAUUUCCUUCACCAAUAUAACUCACGAAACAAAAUGCUCAAAUCAAAUUUAUUUCAACCAAGACCACAACCAAUGGUCAACAACCCGUUUACGCCCAAUCCAAACACUAUGGGAUUAAAACAGUUCUUUAAUCCGCAACCACAAUUUAAAUUUGGCCUACAACCAAAUAACAAUACGCAACAACAAUUUAAAUUUGGAAUUACCCUUAGCAAACAGCAUAAAAUACCACAACAACAAAAUCAACCGCAGUUCGGUUAUAAACCCCAACAAAACCAACAGUUCGGAUACCGACCACAAGUGAACCAACAAUUCGGAUACCGACCCCAACUAAACAACCAACAAUUCGGAUACCGACCCCAACUAAAUAACCAACAAUUCGGAUACCGACCGCAACUAAACCAGCAGCAAUUCGGUUACCGACCCCAACUAAACCAACCUCAGCAAUUUGGCUAUAGACCACAGCUUAAUAACCAGCAAUUAGGAUAUAAACCCCCUACACACCAGCCCACUGAUGUAACCAUGCGUACAUUACCCCAGAGACCUCAAGGCUUCAAGCUUAAUGAGCUUUAUUACCUAGAUGAACCCGAAAUUUCCGAAUACCAGGAAUACCCUGAGUAUUUCCCUCAAGACCAAUAUGAUUUUGAGCAACCAAAUUAUUCCGAAUACCCAGAAACUUGCGAUGAUCAAGAAUACGAACAUCCAGCCAUAGAACAAAAUGAACCAAUAAACGAAUGUGAAAAUUUUCCAAUACCAGCCUCGUUACAGGACAAAACGUAA